GAAUGAUCUGAUAUCACCGCGUUCGGCAGCGGGUUCACUGCAGUCGUUCUGACGGCGCGAGACGGUGUAAUCGCGUUAGUCGCUUGAUCGCUGAUCGUCAUCUGUUCCGUUCUGUUGUGGUUUUAUGUGUGCAAGUGUCAAAGUUAUUGUUGGCGAGUUGGUUGCUUCGCUGCUCCUGCAACAUGUUGGUUUUCGAACAGAGCCCAGCGAACCACCACCAGAAGGAAGUUCUGUCCUCCAAAUCUGGCCAACACUUAGUCAAAGUAUCUUCCCGAAAUGGACCACUGAUCUCAAAGGCAUCACUCACGUAUACAAAAACCAUUCAGAGUAACAAAGACUCGUUCUCGUCGGACUAUGGAUCCCAUCUGCAUCAAACAAGUAGUUCGUCUAGCAAACAUUUAAGCAGUUCCUGCCACAACGGAAUUUCCAGAAGCUCUUUUAUCCGUACAGAUCUCCCGUUGUUAGAUACAAGCAAAUCGUCUUCCAGGCUCAACCUAAACCAAGGGAAGUCGGCAAAUACCCCCAAUUCCCCGAUGGUCGAAUCAUUCCCUGCCAUCAAUAACAACUCCCAUGGCUCCCACGAACUCACCAAUAACAACAAGGAGGAGAAUGGAUUCCCGAUGACACCGUCUGAGGCUCUUCGUCUGUACGGCAACCGGCUGUCGGAGUACGAAAAGACUGAAAUAGAGAACUAUUCGAAAAUCUGGUACCUCGGCCUGUCUGCCUGCAAGAUCCACGGGGAGCAGGGGUCGUCGCAGAAUGGUGGGUACGACGACGACAGCGGGAGCUACAACAAGGUUUUGCACGACCAUAUAUGCUAUCGCUACGAGAUCCUUGAGGUGAUAGGCAAGGGUAGUUUCGGGCAGGUUAUCAGAGCCCUUGACCACAUGACCAACAAGCACGUCGCCAUUAAAAUUAUAAGGAACAAGAAGAGGUUCCACCACCAGGCGUUGGUCGAAGUUCGUAUUUUGGAUCACCUCCGGAAAAAGGACAAGGACUGCAACCACAACGUCAUCCACAUGUUGGACUACUUUUAUUUUAGGAAUCAUCUCUGCAUCAGCUUUGAACUGCUCAGCCUUAAUCUGUAUGAACUCAUAAAGAAGAACAACUAUCAGGGAUUCAGCCUCAACCUUAUCAGGAGAUUUGCCACCUCCCUGCUGAAAUGUCUCAGGCUGCUGCAGAAGGAGAAUAUCAUUCACUGUGAUCUCAAACCGGAGAACGUUCUCUUGAAACAGAGAGGCAGUAGUUCCAUAAAGGUGAUAGAUUUUGGUAGUUCGUGUUACUCAAACCAAAGAGUGUACACUUAUAUCCAAUCGAGGUUCUACAGAUCUCCAGAGGUCAUACUCGGCCUCACUUACGGCACUGCCAUCGAUAUGUGGAGCUUAGGGUGCAUACUGGCGGAACUGUACACAGGUUACCCCCUAUUUCCUGGAGAAAAUGAAGUGGAGCAACUAGCCUGCCUGAUGGAGGUACUGGGACCACCGCCCGACGAGCUCAUCUCCGUCGCCACAAGAAGGAGACUAUUUUUCGAUUCUCGUGGAAACCCUCGUUGCAUAACAAACUCGAAGGGCAGGAAGCGGAAGCCUGGGUCGAAAAACCUAGCGAUGGUGCUGCGCUGCAAUGAUCCACUCUUCAUAGACUACAUCUCCAAGUGUUUAGACUGGAACCCGAAGAAGCGCAUGACCCCAGAGGAGGCCGUGCGGCACCCCUGGGUGCUGGCCGGCACUUCCCAGAAGCCGGGGGACCUCCGCCACAGCCACUCCGAUAUCAACGUGGCCCACGACAGUCACUCCUCGAGCAGCACCUCGGGCAGCAGCCACUCACGGGUCCACCACAAAUGCAUUGUACAAAAAGGUGAUAAAGUAAAGGCCAAAAUCAUAGAGACUAGGAUACACGACAGCGUCGCGAAGCUGGACACCAACCUUAACGAUUCCGGCACCUUCCUGCCCCCCAUUCUCUAGCUAAACGCGAAGAAAAAGACGUUAUGAACUCGCGGGAGAACGUUCUGGGUGUAGUAAUGUUGUCAGGGCUAGAGACGAGUGCCAAAGGCUCUUCGAUCGUUGUUUUAGACGUUAGGAGCAACCGAAACUGAUGAGCGGGUCUUCGACAGGGAGCGUUUUUAGGUAGAACCUCGGAUAUUUAUUGUAGAAACAGGAGAAUAUGCACAAGUAUGUCCGAAAACAUAAACGGAACGAUACCUGCUUCUACAAAUUGAAACGUACCGUAAUGCGGCGGCGAACAUUUAUGAAGCCCCUCGUAAGUCUCAAAAACGUACGAGGGGUAUACGAGAAAUAUCCGCUAGUGUACAAGGCUUCCGGCGAAAAUGAUCACCCCGGUAAGUUUUUUAUUUUUUAAGGAAAAGCGUUUCCUAUAAAGGUCCUUUCACAGAUUAAAAAAUUUAUAUAAAAAAAACAAUUGAGCAUCGCAUAUACCUAUUUAUACAGGGUGGUCUGGGCUUUAAACGGGAACUUCAUUAAGUGAUAGAGCAAAUUAUUUUAUAAGCAAAAAGGGUGUUAAUAUUAAAAAGAAUAUUAAUUUUUUUAAAUCUCUCUGAGGACGUUCGACGUAGAUUGAUGAAACUUGGUAGAGUGAUUCUACUAGUUACAAGUAAGAAUUCGCUAAAUUUACUUCCGAAUAUAUCAACCAGUGGCGCAGAUACGGGGAGUCGGUAUUAUGAGCAGCCUGAAAAUUUCGACGCCACUAAAUAUCCCGGGAAUUAGAUUAAAUAGUGAUUUUUCUCAGAGGAAAUGUGGCCUCCAUUUUGUUGGAAGAAUGAGCCAUUGUAGAGAUAUAUAUUUUUUUAUUUUAUAAUAAACUUACCUUUGAUAAAUUAAAUGGCAAACUAAUAGUUCUGAAAAAUCGAUUUAAAGAGAUUUUUAAUAUAAUCUGAUGCAUCACAAGUUCAAAACGUCGUUGUCAAAGAAUUUUAAUUUUUUAAGAAUAUAAGCUCUUUCUAACAAAAAAAUCCUAUAAGUUCUUUUUAAUAUCUACGAGU